AUGCCCAGCAAUAUCAUCAAUUCAACAAGCAGCAAUAUCAUCAAUUCAACAAGCAGUUACUCGAAAUUCCAUCGCCCCAAAUGGCAUAGGAUACCUCGGGCGUCCAACUUCUGGCAUAAGUUUUUGUGCAUACAAAAAUUUAGGAACCUAAACCACAAGGGCAAAUGGAAGGCACCUUUGAUCGGUAAUCCAGAGUACAUGGAUGAUUCUUACACCUAUGCUUUUGAUAGGCUGAUGCACAUUGGCGUUGAGCCAAGGUAG